UCUGUCGAAUUGCAUAAUAACAUUUUUAUUCGUUCGUGGCUUCACCAAGUUACGUUCUUAAAUUCAAGAUUUCAUUGUGAACAAGUGAUUUAAUUUAAUCGAAUUACAGAAGGAAGAAUAAAUUUUGAAUGGAAUCUUUGAGCCAAUGUUCUGGAUAUUCAACAACCGAAAAUCAAAUCUCUAUACGUGAAUCGUCAAAACAUCGAAGAAUCAACGAGGCUGGUCCCGUGUUGCAGAAAGUCUGGUCGAAUUCGUUCAUCAUCACCUGUUUUUUGUUGAUGGAAUUGAAUCCGAGUUUACUAGAAUUUUCCAUCGCAAAGGUGUUAUUGAUGAGAUCGUAGCUAAAACAUAAGAAGGAUCAAAGCAGGCUGGCGCCAUUAUUAUCGAAAACAGGUGUCGUUCUUCCGGGAAUGUUUUCGUGGAAAUUUAUAAUGGAAAAAGUGAAUUAUCUGGUGAAAAUUGCGAAAAUACGAUUUAUGGGAUAGUGGAAACUCUUCACAAGUGAUGGAUGGAAUUGGAGUAGAGUUGAUUAGAGGAUUUUUCAGCGAAAAUUUGGGUAUUUUCAACCAUUUUCCAAGAGAAGUCUUUAGAAACAUACUAAGAAAUCGAUGAAAUUCAUCGGUAUACAAGGAAAAUUUAUACGAAUUUUCUAUUGAAAAUUGGAAAACUACGAUUUCUGGGAUAGUGAAACAUCUCUACAAGUGAUGAAUGGAAUUGGAGUUGAUUUAACUGGAGGAUUUUCCAGCGAAAAUGAAUACAUGGGAAAUUUGAGUUGUGAAAAGUUAAUUAUCUGGUGAAAAUUGCCAAAUUACGAUUUUUGGGAUGGUGUAACCUCUUCACAAGUGAAGUUGACUAGAGGAUUUUCCAGCGAAAAUUUUUGGGAGGUGAUAUCAGAUGAGCACGGGAUAGAUCCCACAGGCCGUUUCCAUGGCGAUUCCGACCUCCAGCUCGAAAGGAUCAACGUCUACUUCGACGAGGCUACAGGAGGCAGGUUCGUGCCCAGGGCCGUACUGGUGGACCUGGACCCGGCCUCCAUGAACUCGGCCAGGUCCGGACCGUUCGGGCAACUGUUCAAACCGGACAGUUUCGUGUACGGACAGGCAGGCGCUGGCAACAAUUGGGCCAAGGGCAGGUAUACGGAAGGGGCGGAGAUAGCGGAUGCUGUGCUGGACCUGACCCGCAAGGAGGCCGAAGGUUGCGACUGCCUGCAAGGCUUUCAGAUCAUCCACGCUCUGGGAGGUGGCACUGGCGCUGGUCUGGGUAGUUUGCUGCUGGACAAGAUGAGGGAAGAGUACCCGGACAGAAUCCUGUGCACCUACUCGGUGUUCCCGAGUCCUCGGACCUCCGACACCGUCGUCGAGCCCUACAACUGCGUGAUGGCCCUCAGCCACCUGGUGGAGAACACGGACGAGACCUACCUCAUAGACAACGAGGCCCUGCACGACAUCUGCUACAGGACGCUCAGACUGGCGGCACCAUCUCUCGGCGACCUCAACCACCUGGUGUGCGCCACGUUGUCCGGCAUCACUACUUGCAUCCGGUUUCCGGGCCAGCUGAACGCCGACCUCAGAAAGAUCAUGGUGAACAUGGUGCCCUUUCCCAGGUUGCACUUCUUCAUACCGGGAUUCGCGCCCCUCUACUCCAGGGGCAACUUUCCCUACAGGGCCCUCUCGGUGCCCGAGCUGGUCAGCCAACUGUUCGACGUCAAGAAUGUGAUGUGCGCGUGCGACCUCAGGCGCGGGCGAUACCUGACGGUGGCGUCCAUCUUCAGGGGCAGGAUGUCCACGAAGGAGGUGGACGAGCAGAUGUUCAACGUACACGACAAGAACAGCGGCUACUUCGUCGAGUGGAUCCCGAACAAUCUGAAGACGGCCAUUUGCGACAUCCCUCCCAGAGGAUUGAAGAUGUCGGCCACCUUUAUCGGUAACUCGACCGCAAUUCAAGAACUCUUCCGAAGAGUUGGGGAACAGUUUAUAGUGAUGUUCCGCAAGAAAGCCUUUUUGCACUGGUAUACCGGAGAAGGAAUGGAGGAAAUGGAAUUCUCGGAAGCCCUGGGAAACCUGAACGAUCUUAUUGCAGAAUAUCAGCAAUAUCAAGAAGCCCAUGCCGACACAAAGGAGGAUAUCUUCGAAGGCAGCGAAGUAGAUUCUGACUGAUACCUUCUUUGACUAUUUCUAAUCAGUGUAGAUAACCAUCGACCAAAAAUUUUAAAAUGUAUUCGAAUUAUCUGAUGUAGGUGAAAUUAUAAAUGAAAUUUGGGUAAAUGCCAUAAAAUUAACAAAAAUUUA